AUGAAGGUUUCACUAGCUCUGCUCUGUUUGACGGCGGUCGCUCUAGCCGAGGAGUCGAUCCUUCUGCACUACCAUGAGAAUGUCGGCAUCGCUCUUGCAGAGAGAAUCAAGCAGGCUGAGCAAGCGGUAGACUUCGACGGCGUGAGGAUUGUUGGGGGAUCUCCCGCCUCGCUCGGAGCCUAUCCACAUUUGGGCGGGUUGGUGAUCGCUCUGGCGUCGGGCGGCACCUCCGUGUGCGGCUCUUCGCUGCUGACCAACACGCGGGCGGUGACGGCGGCGCACUGCUGGCGCGACGGGCGCAACCAGGCACGCCAGUUCACCGUGGUGCUGGGCUCCACGCGCCUCUUCUCCGGUGGCGUCAGGAUCGUCACCAGCAACGUCCAGGUGCACGGCAGCUACAGCACCACCACGCUGCAGAACGACGUCGCGGUCAUCGCCAUGGGCAGGGUCGAGUUCAACAACAACAUCGCUCCCGUCGCCCUGCCCUCGGGCUCGCAGCUGAGCAACAACUUCGCAGGCACCAUGGCGCAGGCCGCCGGCUUCGGCAAGACGAGUGACGCCGCCGGCAUCAGCAACGGCCAGGUGCUGAGCCACGCGACGCUGCAGGUCAUCACCAACGCGGUCUGCCAACGGACGUACGGCACCUCCACGGUGAUUGCGUCCACUCUUUGCACGAGUGGAUCGGGCGCCAGCACAUGCAGCGGUGACUCAGGUGGACCCCUGACCAUCAACAGCGGCGGACGACGAGUUCUUAUCGGCAUCACAUCGUUCGGUCCGAGCCGCGGCUGCCAGGCUGGCCUGCCGGUCGGAUUCGCCAGAGUCACCUCCUUCGCAUCCUGGAUUCAAAGUCGUCUU